AUGAAAGGAUUGAGUGAAAUUGCUUUUAAUACUUGGAAAGAGCAUACAGAUAUAAUUUUUGAAGAAGAUAGUUCAAAUUAUGACAUCACCAUUUCAAAUAAGAGACGUUUGCAUAGGAAAGAAUCAAGUGGACAACAUUGUUGUCCUAAACGAUUUGAUGGUAAAUCAGGUGUACUGGCUCAUGCAAAUUACCCAAAUUCUAAUAAUGAUGUUGUAGAAAUCCAUAUGGAUCAAGAUGAAGAUUGGUACUUUGACAUUGAUACAAAUACUCCAAAAGAGAAGAUAAACUUUUAUGCAGUUUUAGUUCAUGAAAUUGGUCACACAUUGGGGAUUGCUCAUUCAAAUCAAAAUACUUCAAUUAUGUAUCCUUUUUAUAACAGUUCAAAUAUUGAAUUAAGUAAAGAUAAUAUUCUUGUAGUACAAAGUUUAUAUGGAAAACCAAUUGUAGAAGAUGAUGAAGAGGAAGAAGAGGAAACUGAAGAAGAAGAAGAUUUAGAUCCCCCAGAAUUAUGUAAACUGAAUAAUAAAAUUAAAAACUUUCUGAUUGUCGAUCAGGUCCUAUAUAUUUACUAUGAGAAAUGGGUUUGGAUAAUGGAUUUGGAUAAUUUAGAUAUACAUACUAGGCCACAACUUAUAAGUGAUUGGUUAACCUUUCUUCCAAAAGGAUUUAAAAAUAUAACUGCAGCAUAUCAAAUACCAUCUGGAGAUGUUAUUUAA